AUGACGGCGACAUUGGAUCCCCAACCAAGUAUGGUAACGAUGAUCCAAACGCUCACUAAUGAAGAGGAAGACCUACAACGUCGGGACAGAUACUGGACAAUGGAUUCGGCAGGAGUCUGCGAAUUCACAGGUACAAAAGACGCAGAAAAGUCAGCAAUCAACGACAAGGUGCUGCAAUUUUUCAACGACACCAUUGAGAAGCGCGACGAUGGAUAUUACGUGCGCUUACCUUUCAAACAAGAUCACCCGCCGCUCCCAACGAACAAAGCAAUAGCCUUCAAACGCCUUGAAAGUGUAUUGAAAAUGCUGAAAUCCAACGCAGAACUUUUGGAAGACUACGACGACACGUUUAAGACACAACUGGAUAACGGCAUAAUCGAAGAAAUUCCUGAAGAACAAGAGGAGGGAGAUGUAAUUCAUUACAUCCCUCACCAGCCGGUCAUCACACCCCAUAAGGAAACCACAAAAUUACGCAUAGUUUUCGAUGCAUCUUCACACCUCAAAGACUGUCCCUCGCUUAACGAUGUACUCUAUCAAGGCACGCUCAUCCUACCAGAACUCUACGCAAUGUUGCUACGCUUCAGGGUACCAAAGUACGUCAUCACGUCUGACGUAGAGAAAGCCUUCCUUCAAGUUCAUCUACAUGAGUUAGACCGCGAUGCGACUCGAUUCUUCUGGGUACGCGACUACAAGAAAGAUCCUACUGAGGACAACAUUCUCACUUAUCGCUUUGCCAGCGUCACAUUUGGACUAAAUGUGUCACCAUUUCUAUUAGGAGCAACGGAAGAUUUUCGCCGACAUGGGUAUGAAUCUACGCGAAUUACUAUCAAAGGACCAUUUCAUCUCGGAAGGCAUCCCAAAGAAGCCUACGUAACUAGCAGAGUACAGAAGAUCCUGGGAAUCACAUGGGAUAGCGACAAAGACAUCAUAAGUAUUCGAUGCGAUUUCCCUUCAACUCAUCAUCUGACAAAACGCAUAGUGGCCAGACAGAUUGCGUCGAUAUACGAUCCGUUCGGAUGGCUAGUACCACUCCUUACGCAACCCAAACGGUUCCAGCAAGACCUAUGGAAGCAAAAGUUCGCUUGGGAUACGGUCCUUCCAAAGAAGAUAAAGGAGGAAUGGGACACAAUAACUAAUAACGCUCAUGGAUUUCAACAAUCUUUCUCGAGACAAUUCUUCACUAAACCAGAAUGUGGCAGCUUAGCCAUCUUCGCAGACGCUAGCGGCAUAGCAAUGUCAACAUGCGCUUAUAUCUUCACUGUAAAUCAAUCAACCCUAGUCAUGGCGAAAUGCAAGUUACCGUCGAUAAAAUCCAGGCCAACAAUACCCAAGAUGGAGAUGAACGCGUUGACUCUUGCGACACGUCUUGCAUUCUCUAUCUUCCAAGCAAUGGAAACGCGACUAAUCAAACGCCCUUGGGACAUCUACAUUUUUUCUGACUCUCAAAUCGCAUUGGCUUGGCUAUCGACAUCAACAAACGACACCGGUCUGGGACUUCUUGUCAAUAACAGAUUAAAAGAGAUGCGGAAAAUAGUAAAAGCGCUGAAUGAGGCUGGUGUGGCCGUACAAUUCAAAUCCGUACAAACUACAGAAAAUCCAGCCGACGCAGGAACAAGAGGCUUAACAAAGUCACAGCUAGCUCAAGAUUUAUGGUGGAACGGAUCCAACUUCUUACGCGACCUCAUCACUACAUGGCUCGCUCCAACUUAUCACAUUAACCUAGGGGACCCCCAAGUAGUACUACCGGACGCAGGGAAUGUCCAUGCUGUGAUAGCACGAGAGGAAUAUGAGCUGGUUACCUCUAUCCUAGACUGGGACCGAUUUAGCUCAUUCAACAAAGCUAAGCAAGUGACCGUUCGCGUAUUAAUUUUUGUGCGAAAACUGGUAGAUAAAUUACCCACAGAACGCAAAAAUACGGCCCUUGAACGGGUGCCAGAACUAAAGCACAUCCCUUACUCUUUGGAUAACAUUGGAGGUAACGCCGUAAGCGCAUCCAGACGAGCAUUAAUCCGCAACCAUCAAUCAAUACAUCUCCAACAAGAUUACCGCAAAUCAAUGGAGAAUACAUUACGACUCUUUAAAGAUAGUGAAGGAAUAUGGCGUUCAAAAGGACGAGUAGGAAACUCGGCCCUAGACAACGACGCAAAGAACCCAGCUUUCAUAACCCCUAAGACAGCACUGGCGGAUCUCAUCAUAAAAGAAGCGCAUGGAACCUUUCAUCGUGGUGUCGAACAUACAAUAGCAACAGUACGUCUGCAAUAUUGGAUUCCCAAACUAAGACAACAAGUACGUCACAUUGUGAAGAACUGUGUCAAAUGCCGCAGAUUUAACGGAUUACCCUACGCCUACCCUGCGACAGAUGAUCUACCGGAUCGACGUGUAAUACGCAGUCACCCGUUCCAACACAUUGGUCUCGACUUCUUCGAUCUCCCAGUUACAAAAGAGGGUAGCGAACAGAUAAAAACAUAUGGGUGUAUAUUUACCUGUACCGUGACGCGAAUGAUUCAUUUAGAAUUGGUUCUCAGCAUGUCAACCGAGGACUUCUUGAAUGCCUUGCGUAGAUUUAUCGCGCGUAGAGGGGUGCCAACAACAAUCACGAGCGAUAAUGCUCCCACUUUCCUCCUUAGCGCUGAAAUAUUAGCAACUGGAGCAACAACGCCGCCGGUUAACUCCAUAAUCAGAAAUACGGUUGCGCAGCUAGAGAUUGAAUGGAAAAAUAUUACUCUAUACGCACCUUGGCAAGGGGGCUUCUACGAACGCCUCAUCAAAUCGAUAAAGCACGCAUUAUAUAAGUCAUUGAAAGGAAAACCACAUCACUCCAUUGACAAUCUUAGAACAGUGCUGACAGAAAUAGAGGCUUGUUUAAGUUCAAGACCUCUCACCUACCAAGGAUCAGAGUUGGACACCCUUAGCUCUAUUCGUCCAAUCGAUUUCCUCCAGCACGAUUUGAUUUUGACGUUCCCUUAUGACGCGACAAGUUCUGAGGACGACACAGACUAUCUACCACCAGAAAGGACUAGGGCGCUAGCAACAAAACGAGAAGCAGCACAGGCCCUCCAAUCCUCCUGCCAAUACACAGAACAUUUUUGGAACGUUUGGCAGCAAAAUUACCUUACCAGUCUACGCGAGAUGCAUAGAAAAUACAUUUCCUCGCAACGACAUCAUCAUCUCAUACCAAAAACCAACGCUGGCAGAGAUGGGCAAAUUCGGGAAGUAGAGUUAGUAACAUCUACGGAGCGAAAAAUCAAACGCCCUAUUAAUCUCAUUGUACCACUAGAACUCGAUGACGACACAGCAACAUUGGAUAAUGGUGACCCUACAGCAGCAGUUCAAGAAGAUGUCGCAUACGCAGAAAGCCGGCAUUAUAAUUUGAGACCCCGACAACCUGUAAGCUACACCAAUAACGUCGAGCAUGGCUACGAAGAACUCGCCCGACUUCGCCGCAUUUGCAACGCGAUACCUACUCUACCAAAACCAGUGGUGGUAUAUAACAAAAUAAUUCACGGAUCGGUCACUCUCCAAAUUACGGUAAGAUCAAUGAACAACCUCCGUGAUCGGUUGAAGGCGGUGCGCACCUCUGACAAAGGAUGGCAGGAAUGUCUAACGCAACUGGAGUUGGUCGAGACAAUUAGAGACAAGCUUCAUGUUGAAUUCGCGCUAAUACGUUCAGAUCUUAGGACGCUGUAUGCCGUUAUAGCACUGCUCAUAGCUACCGACGCUAUUUCGAAACGGCAAUGGGACGAGUUGAUUAAUCGACCGCAGUAUGAUGACGUCGGCAAACCUGCAACUGUAAACCAAGGCAAGCUUGAGCUGACUAUUUCCGACCAAAUCGAUCUUCUGGAAGAAACUCGCUUAUCCAUCCUCGAAAUGCGACAGGAAUUCCUGGAAGAAGAAAAAAGAGAAACGCAACGAUUCCAGACUUCGGUCCUUGCUUCGUUGAAAAACCUUCACGAUACGGUCGAAAAAGGAUUCGCAAAUGUUAACCAGGAUUCGCAUGAAACAGUGAAUCCGGAAAACUUUAAGCUCACGAUUCAGCAAGAGAUCGCGAUCGCCGAAAGCGCCCAUCUAGCAGAAGGAAUCAAAGCCGCGAUCGAUGACGCCAUCGCGAAGUUAUCACGUACAGAAUCGUAUGACAUCACAUCCGCCGCUAGCACUGAGUCAUCAUCGCAAAAUCCCUCGCAAGAGCACAGUUGCGAGGGCGAGGGCAUCAUCGAAGAGAUGCACGAGGAAAGGGAUGAAAUCCCAAGGUUAGUCGGAGACGAUGACAGUGAUGAGGAAAGUGAGCAAAUGGAAGAAGAGGAAGGAAAUAUAAUCAGGGACAACGAGCAAUUUAGAGAAGGAUUCGACGCGAUGGAAGAAGAAGACGAAGAGGAACCUGAGGAUGAAGAAGCACUGCGGCUUGCGGCACAAAGAGCACAACGCAGACGCCAGAUUGAAAAUGAGAUACACCAGACGGAACAAGGAGUCUUCGAUUUGGAAGAUAUAGUGAAUUUGCUGGAUCAAGAACAGUCGUGUGCGCCACGUAAUUAUGAACGGGGAGCCAUUCAACGCGACGAUGAACGAACGCUACGCUGUGUCUUCUGUGGAAGGAUCGGUGACCAUUAUUCUGACUCUUGUAUUGCCCACAGGAGCAUAAUGGAAAGACGCCUCAUUCUCGACGCACUGCGACGCUCAUUGGAGAGCAGACGCAUGGCAUUGGAGAGCAGACGCAUGGCAUUGGAUAAGAUUCGAGAGCUCCAAAGGGAACUACAAGAGCUAAACUAA